UGGAGGGUCGGCUUUUAGACUCUACUUGGAGUUGUUUGAAUUACGUUUUGUUUCCUGUGAUUUACUUUUUUUUGUGUGUCGUUCUCCUCCUCAGUGACAGGAGAGCCCUCACCAGGAUGGCUGCUCUCCCCAAGCAGCGGAUCUUAUUACGGGUGAUGUGCGGCUUGUUCCUCGCCGGGAUAACAGCAACAAAGGGCUCAAACCUGUGCACCUCCAGGGGAGCCAGCACAUGUAAGCAGUGUCUGGCCGUGCACCCCAGCUGUGCGUGGUGCUUCCAGGAGGACUUUGGUCAUGGAGUUUCCGGCGUGUCUCGCUGUGAUCUGAAGAAAAACCUCCUGGCAGCGGGGUGUUCUGCAUCAGCUCURGAGUCACCGUCCAGCAAACUGCAGGUGCUGGAGGACCGUCCUCUCAGCAACAAGGCAGCGGGCGCAACCCAAGAUGUUACUCAGAUAAAACCCCAAAGACUACAGAUCACCCUCAGGCCAGAUGACUCCAAGCGCUUCACGGUGAAGGUGCGUCAGGUGGAAGACUACCCCGUUGAUCUUUACUACCUCAUGGACCUCUCGUACUCCAUGAACGAUGACCUGUUUCGCUUGAGGACGCUCGGCAAGGGCCUGGCUGAAGCCAUGAGCCGCACAACCAGCAACCUGCGGAUGGGCUUUGGGGCGUUUGUGGACAAGCCGCUGUCGCCGUACAUGUACAUCUCACCUGAGGAGGCGGUGAAAAACCCCUGCUACAGUAUAAAUACCACCUGUCUGCCUCAGUUCGGCUACAAACAYGUUCUGUCUUUGACGGAGGAGGUGGCUCGCUUCACGGAGGAGGUGAAGAAGCAGAUGGUGUCCAGGAACCGCGACGCUCCGGAGGGCGGCUUCGAUGCCAUCAUUCAGGCCGCCGUGUGCAAGGAACGGAUCGGCUGGCGUCCCGGUGCCUCCCACCUCCUGAUUUUCACYUCAGACGCCAAAACCCACGUGGCUCUGGACGGUCGUCUGGCUGGAAUCGUGCAGCCAAAUGACGGGAAGUGUCAUCUGAACUCUGAGAAUAUUUACAGCAUGUCUACCACCAUGGAUUACCCGUCUCUUGCGUUGAUCACGGAGAAGAUGUCGGAGAACAACAUCAACCUCAUCUUUGCCGUCACCAACCCCGUGGUUCCACUCUACCAGAACUACAGCGAGCUGAUUCCUGGCACCACAGUGGGCACGUUGUCCAAUGAUUCUGGAAACGUUAUUCAACUCAUUCUGAAAGCCUACGCU